UUUGUUUCAAAAACGAAAAUAAAGAAUUAAAGUGGACAACAUAUCCUGCGCCUAAACCAAAUGAUAAUGAAUACAAACCUAUAUGUAAUGGCACGAUAAGUACUAAUUAUGAAGAAUUUGAUUCUAAAAGAAUACACGUUUUCUCGGUUGAAAAUGGAAAAUAUGGAAUAAUCAUUACAACAAAAGAAUCAUCUACUUAUUUAAAUUUAUAUUGGAUUAAUAAUAAUUGUGAAUUUAAUGGUCCUACCAUGAUUUAUACUAUUCCCACAUUAAUAACAAUUGAAAUAUAUCAAUGUAAUAUGGCUUAUCAAUCUUCAGGAUAUAAUUGUUUAAUUUAUUAUGAAAAAACAAUCGACGUAUAUGAAUUUAUCAAUAUUGUUUUCUUCCAUAAAGGAACUGUUAAUGUAAAUGGAACUACUACUUAUACUAUAGAUGAAGUUCCAGAUAUAUAUAACCCAUUUUGUGCUAUGACAUUAUAUAAUGGAGGGUAUAUUUUAUUAACAGAAACAGUAGUAAAUACUACAAUAAUUAAAGGAAUUGUAGUUAGUAAUGAAGGGAAAAUUAAUUCAACCGGUUGGGGACUUCCAGAUAUUUAUCAAUAUCUUCCCAUCGCAGGAGUAACUUACGAAAAUACAGUUUGGGCUAUUUCUAUUUCAAAUACUCCCAAUUCUUAUUAUAAUUAUAGUUAUGAAAGUUGGUCAAUUGUGACAUCCACUUCAUUAUCAGAUUAUGGAG